ACAUAUAACUCUCCAACUUCAUCAGUCACACUUUGAUCUACUCUCCUCAUCUGCGUCACGGGCUCUCCGUUAGCUCAGUUGAUAUCAUGCUGGACUACGGAGCUGAUGACCCAGGUUCAAAUCCCUUGACCUCAGGUCGUUUUGUAGAGUUUUCAAGGCUUUCAGCCCAUUUGGCGCGGUCUUAUCAGAGACGGACGUUAAAUUAGGAGGUCCCGCCGCUUAAAUAAACUAAUAGUGAUGAUCUCUUACUUGUCCGUCCUCUUGUACCUCUAGGGCGUCGAGGGGUAGUGUUGAUAGCAGCGUGCAGCUUUAAACUCAUACACUUACUCAGUUAUUACUUAUCUGCGUCAUUUCUCUGUGGAGACUUCCGAGACUCGUCAGUUAUUCCACGGACAAGAGUCCCAACCUCAUAUCUAGUAACAUUCCCAAUCAAAUUCAAUCGAACUGAGUCGAGGCCAGCCAUAUUUUCUCGCGAGAAGGGACAGACGCUACCAUUUCGGCCAAGUACAACUGAUUCGACCCGCGACCUUGAGAAAUAACGCGUUUGAUUUUGAAGGCCAUAGUCGAAUUUAGUUGAAUUCGGUACUAUUGAGCCACAUUAGUAGCUUUUGUCUAAUCAGCCAUGAAGGAAAACCUGUCUGGCCCCAACUGAAUCAAAAUGGAUCCUAUUGGCUGGCUAUAAACGACCAGCUCGCGUGGAAUCUCGCAUCAUUUAUACAUUACUCUAGAUUUUCAUUGUCUGUAAUUAAAAUCUCGGCUUAUUGUUCGGUCCAUCUGCAAAUUGAACUUCUAGCACUAUCUCGAUCACAGGGUUAACGAGAAGGCGAUGGUGUCUUUACUGUGGUAGUCUUUAGUGUGGUAGAACUAGGUGGAAAGUGCUCGCUUUGUUAUUCGUGUUAACGGCUUUCAUAUAAAUUGCUCAUCAUAGUUUCAACAAAAGCAGUCACGUCGACAGAACUUUUUUCGAAUUCGCGUCUAGAUUGGAGGCAUUUCGACGAGAACUUUCGUUGCGGUACUUGUGAUUCUUCAGUGUGGUAUUUGAACCGGAAUUACGCUUAGGCUUACGUUAUUGAUUCAUCAGUGUGGUAUUAGAAUUUGAAUUGUGCUUUUUUGGUGCGAUGAGAACGCUCGUCAUAUUUGGAGUUGUAACGUAACAAUUUAUUACCAAUGUGGCAUUUAAACCUGCUACGGGGCUCUUGUGAUCUAGAGGUUACGGUUAUCACCUCUCAUUCAAUAGGUCCGGGAUUUGAAACCUGAUAGUGACGGAAUAUUUUGUUCUCUAAAAUGCUCUCCUUUCACCUCCUUUCCUGGUCUCUAACCAUUUCUGUCGUCUCCACUUUUUAACCCUCCCCCUUUUUGCCCCCUUCUCUGAGAUCCUGACUCUGUCUGGAGUCUUUCUACUGCCACUCAUUGGCUCCUUCUUACUGCUGUCUUUCAGGCACACCCCUUAUCUUAAGGUAGGUUAGAUCUAACACCUAGCCUUCUCGGAGGUCCCUGUAUAGUAGGCUUUGGCAGCCAUCCCGGCAAAAUUCAAAAUUAAUUCCUAUCAAACUAAAGAUGCUUAAUGUAUCCCUGGCGCUUACAUGACCUUAUGCUGUUGCGAGCGCCGUAAAACACUUACUAAAACAAAACAAACCUAUCAUGUUACAUUCGAAUUCACACUGUUCAUAUUUGGACGGGAAAAACUAACGUUGAACCCGCUCUAAGACCACCUGUCCAAGACAAUCGUCUGCGCAAAAGACCACUUCCCUCCUCCCCCUUGCGUUUUUUUCAUACAUGAAUAUUAUAUAAUGAAACUGUUUACUGUUUAUGACGACCACCCUUUCUAAGAUGAUAACUUUUCUUAUCGACAACAGGUGGUCGCCUUGAACAAGUUUGACUGUUUAUUAUCAGAUUGCAAGGAUGGCAGACGACAAUGAAACCAACACUACUUAUGCUGAGAGUAAAGGUAUGUUAAAAGUCGGUGCUGUCAUUUCUUCGAACUGUCUAGUCUGUGCCGUGAUCAUGUUCAACAAUAUAUUGCUGCUGGUGACUCUUGCACGGACUAGGAAGCUUUGGACGCCGCCCAACGCGUACAUCGCCUCUCUCUCAGUGGCUGAUUUACUAGUGGGCGUGGUUUUAGUGUUCCGUAACUUCUGGCUCCACCCCUCCACCGAGUGGAUCUUUGACGACUACAAGUACGCGUGCUUGUCAGUCAUCUGUCUCCUGUACGUGAGUGCGCUGCAGUCCCAGGCGAGCCUCGUUCUCGUGUCGUUGGACCGAUACCUCUAUAUCGUCCACCCGUUCUGGUACCAGCGUAACGUCACGUCACGCGUCACGGCCGGCAUCAUCGGCUUCACGUGGCUCGUCUCCAUCAGCAUAGGGUUCUUACCUCUCGAGCUAAACAUGUUCUCCUCCGAAACUGGCUGCAACCCCUUGGAGAUGAUAUCGAAGACGUACCUGAUGAUCUGUUUCAACACCUUCUUCUUCCUGUCGGCGUCUUUGAUCGUGGUGAUGUACGGCCGCAUUCUGUGCGUAGGGAAUCGACACCGGCGUCAGAUCGAGGCCGUGAUGCUAUCCACAAUGCCGAGACGAUGUCACAUGCUAACCAAGGCGGAAAAAUUCCACUGGCAGGUCAUCAAAUUCCUCAUGCUAGUCUGCGGUCUUUUCUUCCUGUGCUGGACUCCACUAGCUGUGACGUCAGUGGUUUACUUCACAGCAGGACUUCCAAAGUUACUCGUUAGCAUAAUGGUCAGUAUUUCGGCGAUCAACUCGGCCUUGAACUUUUACGUGUUAAUAGUUAUGGACAAGAACUUUAAGGAGGCUUUUAUGUCCACGAUUUGCUGUUGCUCGGCUAGACAGAGCGCUGAUUUGUGUGGGGGAGACUGAGAUCACCAAUAGGAGGGCGUCUUUUUUCACGUGACUCACAACCGGAAGUGAGUGGGUAUGGCAAAUAUUGGGUUCAACAAAGAGACAUUAUAAUGUAACGACUAAAAUUAGAUUUCCAAUUUCCACCUUUAUUGACCCCUUGGUGGAAAUGAUCUUUUUAAUGUAGGCGAUUCACGCAUUCAUUGACAUAAUUUAUAUAAUUCAGGAGAUUGGUUUCGACCUUGCCUGUCAAGGCCAACCCCGGGUGAGACUGAGACUGAGAGGGAUACAAUGUUCCCGCGGAAAGAUCGAGCUACUCGACAAAAAUACUCCCUAUUCAGGAUUUGAACUCAGGUUUUCUGCGUGAGACGAGGCAAAGCUCUUAAUCACUCCAUCCCUGACACCAGUGCCCUUGGGGAAAUCUGCUUCACAACAAAAUUUUCACCUCAGAGGUGAACGAUAUUGUGUGAGGAAAUCAGUUUGGUAUCUUAUUAUGAUUAUAAGUUUAAAGCUCCUUUCAUAAUUGUACGGUUAUGGAAGGGGUGAGUCCUUCGAAAUUGACGUCAUUUUCUAAAAUGGGAAAGCCAAGUGAGAGGAGAAAGCUGAAAAUCUCCAUUAACAACCCAUGUUGCAACAACUCCUCUCUGGGCCUCAGGGGAUUCGAACCAGGGCCAUCGGCAUCAUAGCCCAGCAUUGGACAUGUACUUGUACCAGCCCAGCUAACGGCACACCAUAGACGUCAGACUCUACUCUAAGGUAUACUUUUGGUGCACUCUUGUCAUGAGGACUGUGGUGUAGGUUGUUGUUGAUAUAAGUUUUAGUAAGAGUUUUACGGCAUUUGCAACACAAUAAGGUCAUAUACGUGCCGAAGAUUAGGG